UAAGACGUAACUACGAAAGAUAAAAGUGCCAACACUUGUAGGUGACAUAACAGAUGCUGAAAUCUACUGGAAAAAGCGAUGUUCAAAGAACAUAAAAGGAAUGAAAAAAUCUCAGCCCUCAUGAGAGAACGAGCGAGCAACAGCAGACCAAAGAAAAGGAAAAUAUCUGAAAUUGAGACCCCCCGAAAACGGCGGAGGGUCGCUGACAAGGCCGGACCCUCCUCAAGCUGCCAAGAACAGAGGACGAGGAGGAUGGUGGAGAGAAAAAUGAAAGAAGAAGCAGAGGAGCCUUCACCAAAGGCCAAGAGGAAGAAAAUGGAACUGAAACAGGACCAGAGCAAAGAGUCUUGCUGUUCAACGGACGUCAGUGCAGGGAUCAGAAAGAAGAAUCCGAAAAGGAAGAUGGAGGACUUGGAUAAACCGACCAGGAAGAGGAUGAAGAUGGUGAUGGAAGAAGAAAAAGAGGAUUCCCAAAGAGCUGCAUUCCUGCAAAAAUACGUUGAGCUCCAUUUGCUGGGAGACGGAGGCUUCGGGUCUGUCUUUGCUGGAUAUCGGAUAAAGGGUAAAUUACCUGUGGCUAUCAAACACAUACCAAAAGACAAAGUAGUCAUCAAAGAUAAGGAUGAGAAUGGCAAGGAGAUGGCCAUGGAGUUGGUCAUCAUGUUAAAACUUGCGAGUGAACCAGUGCCGCAUGCAGCCAUCUUGUCCCUGUUGGACUGGUACGAUCUGGAUCAGGAGCUGAUUUUAGUCAUGGAGAGACCCAUGUUCGCAGAGGACCUCUUGCUCUAUCUUAACGAGCGUGGAAAUUUCAUAGAGGAGAGUGAGGCCAAGGUCAUACUGAAACAGCUGGUGGAAGCUGCUGUUUACCUUCAGAAUGCAAACAUCUUCCACAGAGACCUAAAAGUGGACAAUGUCUUGAUUGACAGCAGUUCAGAAGACAAACACAUCUAUCUCAUAGACUUCGGCUUAAGCUGCUUUGAUGACGGGAAACAACAUGAACUACUUUGUGGUACUCCUGGUCACAUCCCACUGGACUGGAUGGUUAACAGUACUUACAAGGCUGGACCUACAACAGUGUGGCAGCUGGGGGUUGUUCUGUUCGAGAUGCUCCACAUGACGCGGUUCAACAUUAACACCUACAUCUCAAACAACUUGACAAUAUGGCAUUGGCUUUCCGACGACUGCAUGGAUUUUCUGUCAAAGUGUCUAAUAAGUGACCCCGAGGACCGUCCCUCCUUGGAAGACCUGCUGUGUCACCCGUGGCUUUCGUAG